UCACUUCUCCCCGUGUGCAGGACCGUGACCGGAGCCCCGCUCCCCUCCGGUGUGAUGGUGAUGGAGGAGGAUGGAACGCCGUGGGCCGGGCCCUGGUGGACACCGGCCCGAUCCGCUGCCGCCCCGUUCCGGGCCCUCUUCACUCUGCGCACCUGGGCGCCCCGCGGCCGUGGCCUGGAUCGGCAGAGCCUUCGGGACGGCUCUGCGCUGCUGAAGCACGAGCUGGCCUAUUGCCUGGGGCAGAUGCAGGAUGAAGCGGCCAUCCCAGUGCUUGUCCGUGUGCUGCAGGACACCAGCCAGGAGCCCAUGGUCAGGCACGAGGCCGGUGAAGCCCUGGGUGCUAUUGGGAAUCCUGAUGUGCUGGAUAUCCUGAAACACUAUUCAGAGGAUCCCGUGGUUGAGGUGGCUGAGACAUGUCAGUUGGCAGUGAGGAGACUGGAGUGGCUGCAGGAGAACAAGCAGGAUCUAGGCAGCAGCCCCUACCUGUCCGUGGAUCGCCCCCCUGCAGAGGAGACGGAUGUCACCAAGCUCCGUGAGACCCUGCGCGAGUCCCGGCCGCUGUUCGACCGCUACAGAGCCAUGUUUUGCCCUGGCGGAACGUGGGGGGUCGUGCUGCUGUGGCUGGCACUGGCGGAUGGACUGCGCUGUGGCUCCUGCUUGUUCCGUCACGAGAUCGGUUACGUGCUGGGCCAGAUGCAGGGACAGGCCUGUGUCCCACAGCUGACGGCUGCUCUGUGCAGCCUCACCGAGAUCCCCAUGGUGCGGCACGAGUGUGCCGAGGCCCUGGGCUCCAUAGCCCACCCCUCCUGCCUGCAGGACCCUGCGCAACCUUCGCCUGUGACCCCGGAGCGUGUGGUUGCAGAGAGCUGCGAGGUGGCCCUGGACAUGUUCGCGUACCAGCGAGCGGGGCAGUUCCAGUAUGCUGAUGGGCUCUGCAGGCUGCAGGCCUCGGCCUGAGCCCUGGCUCUGGGAGGCACAGCACGGGCUUGCUGCUUUUCUUCCCACCCCAGCGGCACUGUCAUGGCCCCUUCCAUAGAUGUGGAUCCAUGCCUUGCUGCAGCAGUGGAGGACAAACUGGAUUCACUCUCUGGCACAAAUACAGCUGCAUUCUCCCUCCAAA